CAAGACCUUCCUUAACCUGUUAUGUACUAACAAAACCACCGUUAAACCCAUCCGCCUUGUUCUUCUUCCUCGCGCUCUCUCUUCUCCCCUGCGUCUGCUUGUCUCAGAGGAGCUAUAUAGCGCAUCAGGUUUAUUUGCUAAUGGCAUCCAAUGUUGAAGAUAAUGUGGAGCAGCAAAAACCACCCCAGAAGUUGCAAAUAUAUUCGAACUCUAACGGUGGAGUCUCUUCCUUUUGGAGAGAGAAGUAUGAAAGAGAAGCUAAGAAGUAUUGGGAUGUAUUCUACAAGAGACAUCAAGACAGAUUUUUCAAAGAUCGGCAUUACUUGGACAAGGAAUGGGGUUCCUACUUCUCUGGAAGUGGGACAAAAGUCCUUUUGGAGGUUGGUUGUGGAGCUGGAAACACUAUCUUCCCCUUGAUUGCUACAUACCCAAAUGUUUUUGUUCAUGCAUGUGAUUUUUCACCACGUGCAGUUGACUUGGUCAAGACACAUAAAGACUUCACUGAGACUCGUGUUAGUGUUUUUGUUUGUGAUCUCACUAUGGAUGACCUAAGCAAGCAGGUUCCUCCAACGUCAGUUGAUAUUGUGACCAUGAUAUUUGUACUCUCUGCAGUAUCUCCGGAGAAGAUGCCUCUGGUCUUGCAGAACAUUAAAAAGGUUCUCAAGCCAAAUGGGUGCGUGCUGUUUCGAGAUUAUGCUGUUGGUGACCUUGCCCAGGAAAGGUUCACCAGCAAGGAUCAGAAAAUCAGUGAAAACUUUUAUGUCAGGGGUGAUGGCACUCGAGCUUACUAUUUCUCUAAUGACUUCUUGACGAGUUUGUUUGAAGAAAAUGGAUUUGAAAUUGAAGAACUCAGUUUGUGCUGCAAACAAGUUGAAAACCGUUCACGUGAUCUAGUAAUGAAUCGACGCUGGGUCCAAGCUGUAUUCCGCUCUUCAGAUGGCAUAAACACAUAUUCCUGCACAGAGGCUCCAGCCAAGACAAAUCUAUGUGCUCUAGAAAACACUGAACCUAAGGUCAAUGGCAACACUGCAGAUGAGUCUAUGAAAAGUUUUGAGGUUGACAUAUCUGAGGGCAUGGCAGUUGAAAUGUUUGGAAUUUCAACUACUGACUAUAACGAGACAAUUGAAAUUGAGCUUGGGGAUUGCAACUUCAGGAUCAAAGUACUUUCCAAAGAGUACCAACAUACAUGCAAAUCAACCGGCUUGAUGCUGUGGGAAUCAGCUCGUUUGAUGGGUGCUGUCCUUGCAAGAAAUCCAAGUAUUGUUGCAGGGAAACGAGUUUUAGAGUUAGGGUGUGGCUGCAGUGGUAUCUGCUCCAUGGUUGCCGUCAGAUCAGCUGAUAUUGUGGUUGCCACUGAUGGAGAUCAAAAGGCACUUGAGCUGCUGUACCAAAAUAUCACUUCAAACCUUAGUCCCCCACUUCUAACCAAAUUGACUUCACAUAGACUAGAGUGGGGAAACAAGGACCAAAUACAAGCUGUUAAGGAUACAAACAACGAGGGUUUUGAAGUCAUUAUCGGUACAGAUGUAACUUACAUUCCUGCAGCAGUUUCACCUUUGUUUGCAACUGCAAGAGAGCUGAUUUCAUCUAACAGAGGCAAUAAAGAGGAACAAGAACCAGCACUGAUUCUCUGUCACAUCUUACGCCAAGUGGAUGAACCAUCUAUACUCUCAGCUGCAUCUCAAUAUGGGUUCAAACUUGUUCACAAAUGGUCCCCAGGAAGUCCCAAGCAGUGUCAAAGCUUCAUCAACUCUUGGUUCCCAGAGGCUGGUUUUGAGAAGCAUAUUCUCAGUUCAGCAUUGAAUAUCAUGUAUUUUUCCUUGGAGUGACAAAACUCUGAAAGUUAUUUUGGAAUUUCCAUACGAAUCAUCAUUUUGUCCCUUUGGCCAAAGAAAAAAAAUAAAAACCAUCAUUUGUUUCCUUUCUUUAUUAGAUACAAAUAUUUGGGAUAAUGGGUUUUUUGCAAUCAAUAAUUGCACCUCAUUUUAGUGAAAUACUCAGAAACUAGUUGAUGAAAUACACAGAAAGAUUGAGGAGUUGUAAUACAACUAGAACACAAAAAUUAAUUAUAAACACAAAAAAAUCAUGGAAAACAAACAUAAUCCUCAAAGAGAGGGGAGAGAGUGGUGGGGGUGACAGAUAGAGACUGAGCACGCAUAGCUUCAAGCAUGAAUAUUCCUAGCAUGCAAAGAAACACCAUGUGUGCUCACUCUCUUCUGUCACCUCUUCCCUUACCCUAGAACGGUUAUACGACCCUCCAUGCAUAAAUGAGAUACAUAUAUCUCCAGAUCCAAUCAUGCACCGUGCCCUUCUUAAUUUGGCCACCCAGAAAUGCUGUUCCAUAUAUAAACUUAAAAAUAGAAGAGCGCAACACACAUCUCAACUCUUUGCUUUGCUUGGCUUGGCUCUGGCGUUGGGGAGGAAGGGGAAGUAUGUAAGGGUCAAUAUAUCGAAGAAGAGAGU